GUAAACCCAACCACAUCAGAUUACUCAUUCCACUCGGCAACUUAGCUCUGCUCGAUUUCCGCCACUCAUUCCCACUUCACUUCGCCAUUGUUAUCCAGCAAAAAAAACAAACCAACAAACCACACAAAAAUCACAGUAAUAAACCUAAAUUCAGUACUACUGAAAAACCCAAUACCAGCCUUUGGUUCCUCGCCGGUCGCCUAUGGCUUUGGUAGCGGCGUCGUUGCCGGCGACGACCAAUGUUCUGUGCUCAGCGAGAAGCACCAAAGCGGCGCCGAAAAGAGAGCGGAAACAGGGACGGGCUUUUGGUGAUUUCGGGCACUUUGCUUCGGUGGUUGGGAAGGACGUGGAGUUUAUCAAGACUGGUAUUGGUAAAGGGUUGAAAUGGGCUAACAAGGCUUUUCGAAUUCCGGAAGUUUCCAAAGCCGUAGACGAUGUUGUAUGGCUUAGGCACUUGGAAGAUCCUAAUGCGUCUCCUCAACCGGUCCCUUCUUGGCCUCAACCUUCCUAUCCAGAACUCUCUGGGGUCGAUUUGCUCAUGGCUGAUCUCAAAGCCUUGGAGACAUAUGCUACUUAUUUCAACAUUCUGUCAAAGACUUGGUCUAAGCCACUUCCUGAAGUUUAUGAUCCGCAACAAGUUGCUGACUACUUUAAUUGUAGGCCACAUGUAGUGGCAUUUAGACUUGCAGAGGUAUUUACUUCCUUUGCCACUGCCGCUAUUAGAAUUCGAACCUCUAAGAUGAGAAAGUUCUUGGGACCGAGUGUGGAUAAGGAUGUUGAUGGCAGCAUGUCACAGUACAAUUUUGGGGUUGUGCUGAAAGAAACAAUGCUUAACUUAGGUCCCACAUUUAUUAAAGUUGGUCAGUCCCUUUCAACAAGGCCAGACAUUAUUGGUACUGAAAUGGCCAAGGCGUUGUCUGAUUUGCACGAUCAAAUACCUCCAUUUCCUAGAACCAUAGCUAUGAAAAUUAUUGAGGAAGAGUUAGGUUCUCCUUUGGAAUCAUUUUUUAGCUACAUUUCUGAGGAACCUGUUGCAGCAGCGUCCUUUGGCCAGGUCUAUUCUGCAACUACCCUUGACGGAUCUAAUGUGGCUGUGAAAGUUCAGCGGCCCAACAUGCAUCAUGUGAUUGUGCGGGAUGCAUAUAUUCUUCGGCUUGGGCUUGGGUUACUGCAAAAGAUAGCGAAGAGAAAAAGUGACCUGCGUCUGUAUGCUGAUGAGCUUGGUAAAGGUUUAGUAGGGGAGUUGGAUUAUAAUUUAGAGGCUGCAAACGCAUCUGAGUUUAAGAAAGCUCAUUCUUCCUUUUCAUUCAUGUGUGUGCCAAAAGUGUUUCAAAAUUUAAGUCGAAAGAGAGUUUUGACUAUGGAGUGGAUUGUGGGGGAUAGUCCCACUCAACUUCUCUCUGUGUCUACUGGAAACUCAGAUGAUAAUUGGUUAUCGUAUACAGAGAAGCAGAGGUUUGAAGCAAAAGGGCGCCUUCUUGAUAUGGUUAACAAAGGAGUAGAGGCAACACUCAUCCAGCUUGUGGAAACAGGCUUACUACAUGCUGAUCCACAUCCUGGAAACCUGCGUUACACAUCUUCUGGACAACUAUGCUUUCUUGACUUCGGUUUACUUUGUCGGGUGGAAAAGAAACAUCAAUUUGCUAUGCUUGCAUCCAUAGUGCACAUAGUAAAUGGAGACUGGGCAUCGCUAGUGAAUGCUCUGGAUGAGAUGGAUGUCAUAAGGCCAGGGACUAAUUUCCGACGUGUUACAUUGGAUCUCGAAUAUGCACUGGGGGAUGUAGAAAUCAGAGAUGGAAUUCCUAAUCUGAAUUUCAGCAGGGUUCUGGCUAAAAUCUUCUCCAUAGCUGUUAAGUACCACUUUCGCAUGCCACCAUACUUUACACUUCUCCUCCGUUCCCUUGCAUCUUUUGAAGGUCUUGCACUAGCAGCCGACAAAAGCUUCAAAACAUUUGAAGCUGCAUACCCUUACGUCUUUCAGAAGCUGCUUACAGAAAAUUCAACUGCAACAAAUAAAAUUUUGUUUUCGGUGGUCUUAAACAAAAAGAAGGAAUUCCAGUGGCAGAAGCUUGCUCUAUUUAUAAGGGCAGGUGCAACUAGGAAAGGAUUGAGCCGGAUUAUUAAAACAAAUAGUGAAACUUCCCUUGAUCAUGUAUCAAAUAGGUCAAACAAUGUAUAUGAUUUGGCAAAUUUGGUCUUGAAGAUUUUACCAUCUAAAGAUGGUGCUGUGCUGAGAAGACUCCUGAUGACUGCUAACGGAGCUUCAUUGAUUCAAGCUGUGAUUUCCAAGGAGGCAAAAGUCUUCCGACAGCAAUGUUGCAUGGCCAUUGCGGACAUAUUAUACUUGUGGAUUUUUAAAGCAUUAGGACAAGACGUCACAACAACUCACUCUGGUUCUCGGGUGAUAUUAGCGAUCGGUACUAACAAAAAAGUGCUAAGCUCAUCUUCCAGAUUAUCAGAACGUGUAUAUGAUUAUGAAUCUAUUUUGAGAGAUAGACGACUCAAAGUGAUCUUCUCACAUGUUCUAAAGUCUGCUAGAAAAAAUCCAAUCUUGAUGCUGAAGUUCUACUGGGCUUCCUUGGUCAUGUUUGUUACUGCUUCAGCUUUAGCUUGUCAUCGCAUUGUAGUAUCCCUAUCGGAAGCCUACUUGGGCCCAUUAUCAUUUUCCUCCAAACAGUAUGCAAUGAGCACGUGAAUCUGUAGCGGAGCUGGUGCCGGUCCCCCUCUUGGAAGGAACAAGAAGGUUGGUUAGUUUGAUAGAAAAUCUUUCCUUUUUGAGCAGAUUAUUAAAACAAUAUCAGUUCAAUAAGAUGAUGCAUAAGCUAUUGUCUUAAACUGAGUCCUAGAGCAAUCCUAAUAUUUCAGCAAUGGCGGAGUGUUUGAUUUUAAAGGUGUGAGAGGGUGGCAUGUUAUUGUUGUUCAUGUACAUAAUGAACUCCCAACAUGUAUAGUUUAAGCUUCUAUGCAGAUACACAAGUUUUCAUGUUUUUAAGGUA